AUGAAGGCCUCUUUCAUCACUGCCGUCGCCGCCAUGGCCGGCGCUGCUUUCGCUGCCCCUACCCCUACCAACGGUCUCGAGUCUCUCCUCGACAACCUCCACAUUGGUGACAUCUUCGAGGAGCUCCACCUCAGCGAGCUCCCCAAGAUCCUGACUGCCGGUGAGCUCGCCAAGGCUGUCAACAAGCCCAUGCCCUCCGCCAGCGCUGCUCCCGUUGUCCAGGACGGCCACAUCGUCCAGAACCUCGGCCCUGAGCUCGACAACAUCCUGACCGUCACCGGUCCUGAUGUCAGCACCCUGCUCAUUGAGCUCUCCCCCGAGGUCACUACCCUCGUCUCCGGCCUUGGCCUCGCUGGCCUCGGUGUUCCUCUCGGUUCCAUCGUCGCUUCCGCCUCCGGUCUCGGUGGCCUCGUCACUGCCCUCGGCAAGCCCGUUGACGGUCUCGUCACCGUUGUUGGUGCUGACGUCGGUGCUCUCCUGAUUGAGCUCUCCGCCCCUGUCGCUGCUCUCGUCUCUGGCCUCGGUCUCCCCGGUGUCGGCACUCCUCUCGGUACCGUUGUUGCCACCGUUGGCAAGAACCUCAAGCGUGGUGAGAUCGUCAACGACGUUGCUCCCUCCGUCCAGUCCACCCUCAUUGUCACCGGUGCCAACGCCAAGCAGCUCCUCAUCCAGCUCUCCCCUGAGGUCUCUGCUCUCGUCUCUGGCCUCGGUCUCGGCUCCAUUGCCGGCCCCGUUGGCUCCAUCAUCAAGGAGGCUGCCUCCGUCGGUGACCUCCUCAAGGACGUCUCCGAGCCCGUUAACCAGCUCCUCCACGUUGUCAACGACGAUGGCAAGCACCUCCUCAUCAAGCUCUCUCCCUCCGUCGCUGCCCUCCUUGCUGGCCUUGGCCUCCCCCAGGUUGGCACCUCCGUUGGCGCUGUCGUCGCCACCGUUGGCCAGAACCUGUAA